UCAAUUAUUUUCUAAACAGUUAAAAGGCUCAAAAAGUGAACAUUUGGUGUUUGUGUCUAUUCCUCGAGCAAAUUUCGUGUGAAUAGUUUUCAUUCUUAAUAUUUUUCAUUUUGUAUUCUCAUGAGCGUGUUGUGUUUUGACCCACGUGUUUAAUUUGUCCUUAAUUAAUCAAUUUAAUUGUCUUUGUAUUUUAUUUACCACUAAAAUUUUCAGAAUGUCAAGUCAAAAAUUACGUCGAGUUGAUAAGUCAAACUCGAUAAACAAUAAAAUAAUCGACCCUUUAAAAGAUGGAGCAUUUGUGAUUGGACCUGGACAAAUGGCUACACCAUUAACCAAGCAAAUUGCCAAUGGAGUUAAAUUAAGCAGCCGAAAGAAGCGUAAACAUACAGAUAGUCAAUCAGACUAUCAAAGCUUAGACGAAAUGCUUACUGAUCCCAAUCUAAGUAUAAAUUAUGGAAAUACUGACGGAAUAUUGAAUGGUGAUUCUCCAAGUACUGGAAAUCUCGUCAAUACUUUAGUCCAAGGGUUACAAAGCCAAAAUGAAGUGAUGGUUAGCACUGUACUAGACCGAAAGGAUUUCUCGAUUAUCAGAGACACUGUACAUAAUUUACCUAAUGAAAUGGUUGAAGAAUUUCUCAAAAAGCUUCAUAAACUCUUUUUUAUAAAAGGCGAUAGAAUAAUCCAUUAUUACAAUUGGCUUACAGCUUUAUUGCAAGAGAAACUCAGUGUGAUUUUGAUGUCACAAAGUGCUCAACAAGAAUUAACUUCUCUAAAACACCUUUUCUCUACGAGAUGUGAUAUUUUCGACCGUAUGUGUGCUCUAAAAGGAAGAUUGAGUUUAAUAUCAUCCCUGAUGGAGCCAGACCAUAAAGAUAAAGAAUUAUCCAGUAAAAAUACAGCAAUUAACUAUCAAGAAUCCUCUUCAGAAGAAGAUGAGGAAGAAGAAGAUGACAAUUCCUCCGAACAUGAUUCUGAUCGAGAUUUGGAAAGAAUCGUCGUAAUGGAUUUAUCAGACCAAGAAAAUAACUCAGAAGAACGUGAAGAUGAAGAUGGAGAUGAGGACGAUGACGAUGAUGACGAAGAUGCCUUGAAUGUAGAUGAUGAUGACGCUGAUGGUGAUGAUGAUGAUGAAAAUGACGAUGAUGAUAAUGAAAUAGAUGGUGAUGGUGAUGCAGAUGAUGCAGAUGAUGAUGAAGAUGAUAAUUCCGAUUGAAAACACGAUAUUAAUAUAUAAUUAAGUGCACAUAAAUAAUAAUACAUUGAUCGGAAAAUUAUCUAACAGAUUGAAUCGACUUGUGAUCAUUUAUCAUGAUUAUCCAACUGAUUGAGGAAUUACCAGUCAACUGUCUUCAUGUUAAUCCAUUUUCCAUUAAAAGAUGUUUUCAUUUUCACCUUUCAAAUAA